AUGUCUAAAGCCCACACACUGAGAGCUCUGAUGACGGCGCGUCUGGCUGCGGCCACUGAGGAGGUUCUGGUUCUGUUUGAAAGAACUAUACAGGAAUAUGAGGAGGAACUGAGACUCUCCAAAGAGGAGACCCACCGGACACGGGCGGUGCUGAACUCUCUGCUCUACCCCAGGGUCAGGCUGCACCAGGCGGCUGCAGAGGAGAGUCCUGAGCCCGCUCUGAACCAUGGACCGAACCAUGGACCGAACCAUGGACCAAACAAUGAGAUCCCAGAACCUUCACUGAUCAAAGAGGAGCCAGAGGAACAGGCCGUGAAGCAGCAGCAGGACCAGCUGCCAGAACAAUUCCCAGAAUGCAGUGCUGUGUGUGUGAAGAACCUGGAGUCGUCGCAACAACCUGAGCUCAAAGAGGAAACGCUGGAGCUACAUUUACUCCCAGAGACUGAGCCAGACCCUGCGCACAGUUAUGACGACUGGGGAGGACCCUUCAGCUGUUCCAAUCUCCAAGACCACAACAACCAGUUCCCCGUCGAUGCUGUGGGGGAAGCAGUGAGCUGGAGCCGGACCCGACUGUGCAGAGGAAGACCCAGAUCUGAGCCUAAUGUUUAUGACCAUUAUCGAUCGCAAGACGCACAACGCAAAAGAAUCUACAGAGCCUCGCUGUCCACGGAGGAGAGACUUCACCAAAACCAACUGUCCAAGCAGCGGAUGCAGAGGUACAGACGGAGGCUCAAAGAGAAGAACCGGGCCUGCCAGGAGAACCACAACCACACAGGACCAGAGGAGCACCGCCCCAGCCCUGCCAGGAGAACCGGAACCACACAGGACCAGAGCAACACCGCCCCAGUCCUGCCAGGAGAACCAGAACCACACAGGACCAGAGCAACACCGCCCCAGUCCUGCCAGGAGAACCAGAACCACACAGGACCAGAGCAACACCGCCCCAGUCCUGCCAGGAGAACCAGAACCACACAGGACCAGAGCAACACCGCCCCAGUCCUGCCAGGAGAACCAGAACCACACAGGACCAGAGCAACACCGCCCCAGUCCUGCCAGGAGAACCAGAACCACACAGGACCAGGGGAGCACCGGCCCAGUCCUGACUAG